AUGUCAACACCUGGAGGUAAGUUUCGUGUUACAUUCCAGCGCUUAAACCUUGAAAGAAUACUCCACUCGUCUCUGCGUAAUAACGCAGGCAGUGCCACAGGCGAAGCUAUUAUUAAUACCUGUGUUGGUAUCAAGUCAGCUGGGGCCAGUGAAAGGUUCAAAGGCGUGUAUUUGGCUCUAGGGGAUGGUGUUCGAGGAGCCUAUUGCAAUAGGUUACCAUUUCAUGUGCAGUGGGACCGCAUUCAGCGAAACCUGAAUGUUUUAGGGCGUGUGUCUACGGGCAACACCGUGGUUCCUUAUCGUGAUAAUGGUGAGGCCUUUCGAGUUAUGUGGAAGGCUGUGGAUGAAGCCAAAAAAAGUGUGUUUUGGCAAACGUACAUCUGCAAGGAUGAUCGCAUUGGCCGAGUGACAGUAGAAAAGAUGGAGGCUGCACAUCGGCGUGGGUGUACUACCGAAUUGCUCUACGAUUGUGGCGGUAACAUCACUGGGCGAAGCCGCCUUAUUGGGAACCUCAAACUGUCUGGGGCCACUGUUAUUGAGCAUCGGCCUAUUUUUGACCACAUUUUGCCGUAUUUGUUUGGAGGCAUGAAGUGGGAACGCAGCCCUGCCAUCCGCAACCACCGGAAGAUUCUUAUCGUGGAUGAGAAAAUUGGAUUUUGUGGUGGGCUGAAUAUUGGUAAUGAAUACUGUGGUAAGAGUCAAGGAGGAACGGGACGCUUUCGUGACACACACUGCUCCGUGGUGGGCCCGGCUGUGGCCCAUCUCCGCGAGGUGUACGAAGAUACAAAGGCGCCAAAACCGUGGAAAUGGAGUUGGACCCGUUGGCGCAAAAUUGCAUCCACGGCAAUGGAUCGUCACUACAAGGAGGGAAGAAAUGUUGCGGAUGACAUUCUUGUACCUAUGACAAAAUCUGUGCAGCAAAGGGGGAAGGUUUACCUGCAACGCCAACUCGUAAAGGCCGAGGAAAAGAAAGCACGCUUUAUGAAACGUAUUCGAUGGAAGCGGCAGCGCGAAGGAUUAGAGUCGUAUAUGCGGUGGUAUUCAAAAGAUGUCACAAAGUCCAUCCCACAAAAUUUGACUCCUGUUGACUGUGACGAUGCGCCAAGACAGUCGAGGGAGUCCGCAGAAGACAAAGGUGCAUCAACGGCGAUGAAGCAACGAAUGGAACAGUAUCGUGUACGUGCGAUUAAUAAAGCCAAGGCGGCCUUGGAAAGGCGUUUACAUGCAAAGCCAUUGCCUAUAACCCCUUUAAAGGAUACGGAUCCUGUUCCUGGAGCAGAGGCGUAUGACAAGCUACGUCCCAACUCUACUCAAAUCAUAUCUUGCAACCCUCAUACACGGGAUUGGUCGAUUCCGUAUGCCUUUUGGCAGGUUGCUCAAAACGCACACAGACGAUUGUGGGUGACAACACCGUAUUAUUUGCCUCAUCGAAAACUGUUACGUUCCAUCCUCUGCGCUGCUCGUCGCGGCGUUGAUGUGCGCAUUCUCUCUGGAAGUAGUCGUACAACAGAUCCUUGGUUUAUGUGGUAUGCAUCGAAUUACAUUACCGAGCAUCUUCUAGCUGCUGGUGUUCGUGUCUACGAGUACAAGGGUAAUCAGGUCAUGCACGCCAAAACGGUGGUGGUUGACAGCAUUUGGUGCUCUGUGGGAAGUUACAAUUGGGAUAUGAUGAGCAACAAAAACAUGGAAGUUUGUCUUUGUCAUCUGAGCUAUGCGAUGGCACGAGAGAUGGAGGGUCACUUCCUCGACGACAUGCAGGUCAGCAUAGAGUUAAAAUAUGACGAGUAUCAGCGCCGCUCCUGGUGGCUGCGGUUUACGUCAUGGUUUUUUUAUGUUGGACUUCAAAUUGGAGAAAAACUAACAUUCUGCACGUUUCGGGACGCGGACCUUUCCUCAAAGAUCUACGGGUUGGACUAA